AUGGGUGUCACAUUAACGGAACUUAAUUUGAGUGAAUUAGAAAGUCAGAUUCGCAGAGAUUCUGAAUCAUAUUUAUCGGACUUUCAAGCCCAGUAUGGGAACUAUAUUGCAUUGGAAGCCACAUAUCUGUCCGCUCCAUCUGAAUAUGUUCCGAAACUGGAGAGUCUUUUGAGAUUUUUUUCGCAGAUUAUUCAUUUAUACCCUACGUAUGCCAGAACAUUCAGUGAAAAUGUUAGAACUGCUUUACUCUCCCGUUUCUUUGGAAUGGAUGUUCAUAUGCGAAUGGCUUAUUUAAAAGCUUUCAUGUGCCUAAGAACGAGAGAUCUCAUCAACCUACAGGAGUCCGUUGAGGUUGCUUUUCGUCUUCACAGAUGUCACGAUAAAUGGGUUCGCAAAACAUUGCGUGGUUUCGUUAUUGCUGAUAUGAAAAGAACCAAUUUAAAGAAUAAUAAUGCUAAAGCUAACGCGGUGAUCAGGACUCUUCUGGCCAACGCGGUGAAAGACAACGAUACAGCUGUUGCUAAGGAAGCUGUAAUUCUUCUAGUGGAACUUUACCGACGAAAUGUCUGGAGAAAUGAAAAAUGUGUCAACAUGAUUUCAAGCGCUUGCUUAGCUAAAUCGAAUAAAGUUUAUUCAAAGGCAGUUCGAUUUUUUCUCGGUCAUGAUGAGAUGUCUAUUCAGGAUGAUAGUGACAGUGAUUUUGACGAGAAUGUUGGCGUCAAUACUCGAAUCAAACAGUUGAGAUUGGCUCAUCGUGUUGGCGCUAAAACAAACAAACGUAAGAAGCGUAUGGAUCGCAAUGUUGACAAUUUGAUGCGUCAAAGCAAACGCAAAGCGAAGGAACGCUUACCACAGGGUAUUAAUGUCUAUGCCAUCACACUGAUUAACGAUCCCCAGACUUUUGCCGAAAAGCUGUUCCACAAAUUAGAGAAAUGUAACGAUAGAUUGGAAAUGAGAAUGCUACUGAUUGAAUUGAUUAGUCAUCUCAUUGGGGUUCAUCAAUUGCUACUUAUGAACUUCUAUCCGUCACUUCAACGUUUCCUCCGUCCCCAACAAAGAGAAAUUACUCGUCUCCUUUUGUUUGCCGCUCAGGCCAGUCAUGAUCAAGUACCCCCGGAUGUGAUGGUUCCCCUAGUACGCACUAUUACGGACAACUUUGUGACUGAUCGUGCCUCGGCCGAGGCAAUCACGGUUGGUCUUAACACGAUCCGAGAGAUCUGUGCUCGAUGUCCUUACGCUGUGGAUGAAGAUCUACUUUCCGACUUAAUCAGUUACAAGUCUUAUCGCAAUAAAAAUGUUGUGGCCGCUGCUCGAUCUCUUAUCAGACUCUAUCGACAGAUCAACCCAGCCCUGCUACCCAAGCGCGAAAUUGGUCGACCCACGGUGGCCAUUAAGGAAGCCCUGGGCUUGGAGGGAAUCGACGUUACCGAUGUGGAUGCUCUUGCCGCUGCUGACAUGCCUGCACGCCAGUUUGGCAAACGUAAUGUCGCCACUGGGAUUGCGGGAGCGGAGGUCUUGGUUGAAAAGAAUGUCAGUGGUAAGAAGAGAAAGUUGGAUGACCACCAACAUGAAGACGGUGAUUGUGAUUGCCAUCGUGAACAUAAUGAAGAAGAUGAGGAUGAGGAGGUGAAACAAUCGAAAAAGAGAAGGAAGCUGGUGAGUGGUACGGAAGACAAUGAGGUGAAGCAUAAGAGUAUCGAAGGGAAAAGUACGUCUUCUGCAAAGAACAAGCCGGCCAAAAAGUUAACACCUGAAGAAAUUCUCGCUACACGUAUCCUUACUGAUGAGGACUUUGAGGCCAUCCGUAAGAGGCAGGCUGAAAAGAAGACCCUAUUUGCCGCUGCUGGUGGUCGUAAUAAGAAACGUGGAACCCAGCUUGUUAUUGAUGAAGAGGACCUUGCAGGAACCAAUAUUGACGGUGCUGAAAAUAGUGAUUCUGAUGUGGAUCCAGACGAGGCCAGCGGUCUAGUUUCAAUGAGGAAUAUAACCAAACUGGUGAAGCGUGCACACUCCACCAAAGCUGAUCGUAUGGAAUCUGUUGAGGAGGGUCGAGAAGGAAGAAAGAAAUAUGGUUUCCAGGUAAAUCGAAUGAACCCACAUGCAAGUACAACGAAUAGGGAAAAGAGGAAGAAUAAGGCCUUCCAGAUGAUCAAACACAAGGCACGCAGGAAGGUCAAACGUAGUUUUCGUGAGAAGCAAGUUGCUUUGCGGGAUCAUUUGAAGAAAUUCAGCAAGAACUUCCGCCAUUAA